AUGGCGGAACCCGCCGACACAGAAUGCCUAUCAACAAAGGCUCUACGGCAGAUACAUAGUCUCAUGGGCGAAGAUGCUUUGUUCCUUGAGCACUUACCUAUAGACAAGAUCCGGGGAGCAGAAUUUGAAGACAAGAAGCAAAAACGUCUCACUUCGCUACCCCAACGCAUUCUCUUCGGCCAGAUCACAGAAGGUGAGAAAAAGGGUUUAGAAGUCUGGAUCCUUCCGAUCAAGACACGCGACGAGAACCAGUGGCCUGGACACCGCUUCAACCUCUUCGAUCGGCAUGGGAAUCUGCACUCCGGCAUCACUAUAGAGGAGGCCAUACGGUUGACCAAUGCGGCAAAUGCAUUUAAGUGGCUGAAGAAGUAUGGCACAAUGGAUUCGACUCUUCUACGCGCUGUGAUUAGGUACUACUUUAUGGUCAAAAAAGUCAAACCCCCGUCACCGUGGCCGGUUGACAAGCGCUUCACCGCAGAAUUACUCGCAGCAUGCAAGGUGGCAGCCGGAAUUUCUGCCAAAGAAGCCCGUGCCAAACAGAAGACUCAGGAGCGCGAAGCAGGUACUGCUUUGGCAUACAAGAGGAGGCCAUCACCAGCCCCAAAGCAAGCCGCGAGGACAAUGACAUCGGUAGAUGGAUUAAGGGCAGAGACUACAGCGACAUCAGCCAAUGGACAGAAAGCAAACACGAUAAAGACACCUACGAGCAUGCCAACUGGACCAAAACUCAACCCGACACUACCCGUUUCCAAAGCCCAGAGCGCGCCACGGUAUCCCGUUCUACAGCCUUCUUCAACACAGCCGUUCCCUCCUUCAUCUCCUGAAGAUGAGACCAGUCUCUUCAUUCCCGAGCGCCGGCGUCAUGCCGCUACAUCUGAAGCCUUUCAGACUCCAACCCCAGUUCCACAUACAAGUUCCGCGUUCAUUGGUCAACCAAGAAUCGAGCCAAUUGAUGAGUUCAAGCGAGCCUUUCAAAGAAAAAUGCUUCCUAAGCCCGCACCCAUGCUCGCGCCAACAUUGACACCUAUACCUACACCUAGCAUCUCGACUCCUAGCAGUCACACCAUGUCUAUCCAGCAGGAAAUCAACAAACCGGACAGCGAGAAACCAGAUGCACCCGUGGUCCCAGCAGCCUUGGCUCCAGCAACCCCAGCCCCCGUUCCCCCCAUCGCCACCACCAGCACCAUCUUGAUCAACCCAAACAUUCCCCUUCCCCUUCCCUUCCAACCUCCCACCACCCCUCCCACCACCAAAUCCUCCUCAUCCUUCAUCCCCGCCUAUCGCGAAACCCUAACCAAGCACUCGCAACUCACCGCCCUCCUCCGCACCACGCGCUCCUCCCUACACACCACCAGAUCCCAAGUCCAAGAGCUAGAGGCUAAAGAGAAAAUGUUAAAGGAAGAGAUCAAGAGAGUAGAAGUAGAGAAAAAGAGGUUGCAUGAUAGUUUGACGCCUGAGAAGAGAGAGGUGUUCUUAUUUGGAAGGGAGAUUUAGGAGAGAGAGGGGAAGAGGGCUAGGCUUGAAGA